UCUCUCAAAGAAGGCGCAUCUCAGUUGCCUGAACGUCUGAUAAAAACUCUCACCCGCAUUUCCACUCGUCUCAUCGCUCCUGCUGGUCACGCUCAUGUGGAGGAUGGGGUGAGUGACCGUCGUGAAUAA